AUGGAGAAGAAAGCGAAGACCGAUUGUUGCUACCUUCCGUUUGAACUAAUCACUGAGAUACUCUCAUGGCUACCCGCUAAGUCUCUGCUGCGAUCUGCAUGUGUCUCUUCAUCGUGGUAUAUGCUUACCAAAGAUCCAAAGUUCAUGAAGUUGCAUCGCAGUCGAUCCCUCAAAGCAAACCUGGAAACGCAUUUCCUCUUCGAGUGCUGGAAAUCCAAAGUCUACUCUUUUAGAGCUACAUCGCAGCAUCCCUAUUACCAUGCUUCGGAACUUGCUUAUCCGAAAGACAUCAUAAAGCCUCGCACCAUGGGAGGUGUUUUAGGCUCAUGCAAUGGCCUAGUUUGUUUUCAUUCAAUAACAUUACAACCCUUUUACAAAUCUGCUUACAACAAUAAUCUAGGCCUGUUUCUCUACAACCCUGCGACUCGAGCCACUAGAUUGAUACCACCACUCAAUUCCCCGAUGAAUAAUUUAUUGAAACGUGAAGUUGCAUUCGGUUAUGACAGUGUAUCCGAUGAUUAUAAGGUUUUAGCCAUUUGUAUGGAGAGGAAUGAUCGAAAUGUCGAAAAAGCUCUACUAUACAGUUUGAAAACGGAUGCCUGGGUGAACAUACCGAGCCCGCCAUGGCAGUUGAAUCAAUUUUGUAUGAGCCCCCGACCUGCUAUCUUGGCUGACAACUCCUUCCAUUGGAUGAAUCCUUGUUGUUUACAGGAAUAA